CCAGCACCUUCCUGCGGCCCCGCAUAAACAUCAGGGUAGUCCAAGACCGACCUCUCACAGGCAGGGACGGCUGAUGACGCGCCGCGAGGACCCGUAAUCGUCAGCGCCCGCCCGCUACCGCAAGUUGCUAAGGCCGCUAAAUGCUGCUCACGCCUCGCACCUAUUCCCUCGCCCAAACCGCGUGCAGCCCUGGGGCUUCAUACUUCCUCUUAACGCCGUCGCAGAGGGAGAUUCAGGCCGAGGAACACCACGCGCGCAGAAUGUUGCUGCUCCACCAGACGGGCAGCGUUAAGGUGGGCGAGGUCGUGCGGUACACGGUAACAUACACCCCCAGCGAAGACCGCAUCCUCCCUGCGCCUGCCUUUCUCCAUGUCCGCAUACGCAACACGUCCGCUCUCCCGCUGCGAGCCGCUUAUCUCCACGGUCCCUACACCGUCCACGUCGCCGCAUAUCCCUCCACCUUCAACCCGAAUAAAAAAGUCGAGUCGCCAAAGGCCUACGGCGUCCCCGAGUUUGAACCCAAUUUGAAGGCUGGCGGCUACUGGAAUGCCAGGCUGACGGUGCCCGAACACAUCAGACAAGGCGACGAGUGGAGGAACUUCGAUGGCACCCCCAAAAGCGCAACAUGGAUAAUCGAGGUCGACUCCCAGAUCAUCUUCUCCAACUCAGCCUCUGUGAGCUACGAGCUGCUGGUAGCCCGCGACGAGAGGUCACUCGACCUUGGGUUCACGGCUGUUACAGGAAACAGCUCUGGAACGCCAGGGAAAGUCCAGGAUCACCAGCAAGGGAAGAGGUCACAUACAUCGAAUCACCCUGCGCAGCCGAAGGGCGUCUUCUCCAAGGCGAUCAAGUUGGUUGUUGACGACACGACGAGUCUGUGGAACAAGCCGGAACUACCGCAGUACAAAGAUGAGGAGGGCCAUGCUGACAGGCGCAAGUCGAAGGAUGUUGAGCACGAGCAGAAAGAGGAUACCCGCAAGCAGAAGAACGUCCAUCUCGUCAUGGUCACGCAUGGGCUGCACAGCAACCUUGGAGCCGACAUGCUGUACUUGAAGGAGAGCAUUGAUGCGACCGCAAAGCAGGCCCGUGAAGAUUGCCGGAGACGGCGGCAGGAGCAAAGAGGGCAGAAGCCAAAGAACGAAAGCAAGGAAGAUACAUCCACAGCACCCCUGUCUGGUGGCCAGGAAGACAUACCAGAUGAGGAGGAGGAUGAGGACGAAGAAGACGUAAUCGUACGCGGCUUCGGCGGCAAUGCUGUGCGCACUGAGCGUGGCAUCCAGUACCUGGGGAAGCGGCUUGCUAAGCACGUGCUGCGACUCACAUAUCCGGAUCAGCCAUACUUACCAAUUAAGAAAUCUGUAGGGCAGAAGCUGAAUCUCUUCUCGCCGACCAAGGACAAGCCGGAUGAAGGUGUACCGGCACAUGAGGGAAGUGGCAUCCACUUCAAGCCUCAUUCACAUAAGCAAAAGCGAGCAUACAAGUUCACCAGCAUAAGCUUCAUCGGCCAUUCUCUCGGAGGACUCGUCCAGACCUACGCUAUAGCAUACAUCUAUAAGCACUCACCCAAGUUUUUCGAGCACAUCAAACCCAUCAACUUCAUCGCCAUGGCGUCACCUAUGCUAGGUCUCAGUAACGAAAACCCAAUGUAUGUCAAGUUCGCCUUGGACUUUGGCCUGGUAGGCAGGACAGGACAGGACCUGGGUUUAACUUGGAGAGCUCCUACAUUGGCCAAGAGUGGAUGGACUGCUAUGGUCAGUGGAUUCGGUGGGCAGUCGCAACAUCAAGAGCAGGAAGACCCCGGCACUAAGCCACUCCUCCGGAUCCUACCGACUGGACCGGCUCACGUGGUGCUGCGCAUGUUCAGGAAUCGUACCGUGUACUCGAAUGUUGUCAAUGAUGGUGUCGUGCCACUUCGGACCAGCUGUCUCUUGUUUUUGGACUGGCGAGGUCUGGGCAAAGUCGAGAAGGCCCGUCGAGAGAACGGGCUCAUUGGGAGUGUUGCUGUGUGGGGCUUCAGUCAGUUGACAGGUCAGAACUCAUCGCCAAACCCUUCGAGGAUAGGUUUCCCAGACAAGGAUGACGAGACCGACUCUCCAUCCGGGAACGGCGACGACACUGCUGUCCCUCUGCCAGGUGCAGAUGUCACCAACGAAGACGAUAAGGUAACGGCUUCGGAACCUGCAGCUCACCAAUUCCUGGAUGGGCAGAAACAUGAUCCAGACGAUACGGUACAAGGCAACCCAGGUGUGCCAGUUUCCGAUCAGUACUUCCAGCCGCAGAACACUCUGAUGCAGUGGUGGAGUUAUAUUCGGCCUACAGGCAAGCAUACUUCAAGAGACAAGAAGAUGUUCACACGCAGUCAGACCAUCUAUAAGGGCGACGACGAGCAGGAUGGUGCAGCUGAAGGGGCAUCAUCACAAGGCUCGCAGCAACGAAAACGACCACUAGCAUCACGCGGUGACUCUACACUCGACCCAUCAAAGAACUCAGCAGCACCACCCAAGACGACAAUUUUCGAGUCUGCAGGAGACAUCAUUAAUCCACCUGUACCCCCUACAUCAUGGAUCGUCGACCCUUCCACUCGUGCUCGCACUAUCUUCCACGAUCGUGUGUACCACCCAGAAGACAUACCACCACCGCCUGCAAGGAAAAGGAAUGCCAGUCGUACUUUCUCCGGCGAGAGCAGUAAGUCGCAGGCGUCGCUUGCUACCGCUGACGAGGGCGUCAUGCGAGUGGAAGAGAAGAUUGCCCGCGCGUAUCACAAAGAUCUGUCAUGGCGCAAGGUUCUUGUUCGCCUCGAGCCCGACGCACACAACAACAUCGUUGUACGCCGUAUGUUCGCCAAUGCGUAUGGUUGGCCGGUCGUCAAACAUCUCUGCGACACUCACUUUGCCGCUACAUACUCUGCGGAAACUCGCGACGAACAAGAGCCCGCUCUCGAUCGCGCCAAGGGUGUCGAUGUGCCUGUGAAGGAGGAUGGCGAACACGUGAAGGGACAAGAAGACUUGGCGCCACCCAUUGAGCGUACAGAAAGCGAACUUAGGGAGGUCUGCGACGAGCUAGCGCCACUUGAGAACUCAUUUAGAUCGCCGAAGCGUAUGAAUACUGCGGACUCUAUUCGCAGCACUAGCUCGGCCGAUUGGGACAACUACUUCGAUGGUGCAACGAGCGACGAAGACGACGAUAAUGACGAGCGCAGUGCAGUUCAAAAGUUCCUGCAGCUCGGCUAUCCGCGCGGUGCCAGAACUCCGACAUCUCCAAAUCCACCUCGCACGCCGAACAGUACAGGAACGACUGACGCAGAAAUCUCUGACUUCUUGCACGGCGCACCUGCGGAGGCUCAGCCAACACCGUUCUUCGACAUACAUCGAGGCUUAGGUGCGAGUCCAAAGCAGCCAAGCAAAGCAACAAAAGAGCCGGACUCGCAACAGCCGCUGGGUGGUCAAGCUGUCCUUCCUGCAGGUCAUCAAGUCGCUACAAGUCCACCUGGCAGUCCAUCACUCCAUCUCAGCGACGUGGGCUUGAGGCGAUCGCUGGAAGGUAGCCCUGAUGCCAACAGAGUAAGGAGUGGGAGUGGAGUGACUGAGCAGGUUGCAAGGUCAAUGAGUACGGCGAAGGAUAGAGAGCGCUCGUAGUAUGGGUGUUUUUGGGCAUGACUAACGUUGCAUUUGGAUCGAUUGCAUGGAAGGACGGUUGCAUGGUUACGGUUAAGAUAUACCCAGAGUUUGAUACAUGGUUUGUACAAACAUUUC